AUGCAAUAUCAGGUGACUUGGCGAUGGCUGGAACGAUACAUUCUGCAACAGCCCUCACUUCAGAGCUUUGCGCCAUCAGUCUCCCCAACGUCCGGAGGACACAACACGGGCCUCGGGUUUUUUGACCUCAUGGGCACCGAUCCCAUCACGCUACAAGGUUUGCUGAGGAGCAUGUGGGCGGAUCUAGGGGACACGCUUUCGCUGCAGUACACAGGGGCAGCGUCGACCAUGGGUGCUACGCUGCGCCAGGGCGGGCACACUGCCAGGGCCAUGUUGGAGAAAGGUUGGCGUGCCAUGAACCGCGCAUACUGCGAGCACUUUGAAGACGAUGCACGCCAGUCCGCGAUCCAGCUGCUGCUGAGAAGCCACAAACUGCCAAAGGCCCCUUCUGCGUCAGAACUUCGGCGAAGCCCUCAAGGGAAGCUGCUGCUGGCGGUGACAUCCUGGAAUCUCCACGGCCGAACCCCUUGGGAGUCUUCACAGACAUUGCAGCGUUUGAUCAGUGGAGCUUGCCAGAGUUCGCGGCCAGAUGUUUUUGUAUUCUGCUUUCAGGAGUUCACGGAACUUUCAGCGGCCAACGUCGUGAUGCUCGGCUGCGGGGACGAGUCACGGCAGGCGAAGUUCGAUGUGGCAGCUGCUGCUGCCUUGCGGGAAGUCUUGGGUGAGACCUACGUACCCGUGAGGGCUGUUGGCAUGGUUGGUCUUUUGGCGGCCGCCUUUGUAGCUGCUCCACUGGCCAGUUCUGUGCGUUCUGUGACUGGUGAGCGGGUUCGGUCUGGGCUCUACGGCCAAGCAGGCAACAAGGGAGCCGUGGUUGUGAGCUUCAAGGUGCAAGAGACCUCCAUUUGCGUAGCAUCUGUGCACUUGGAGAGCGGGCAGCAGAUCAAGAAAGCACAGGAGCGGGCUGACCAACUCCGGGAAAUUCUUCAGAGCAUUUGCCCUCCAAGCACUGACAAGGGGCCCCCCGGUGCAAAGCACGACCUUGUUGUGGUUAGUGGUGAUUUCAAUUUCCGAGCAUCUUUUCCAGACGGCGUCGACCCGCGAGGUCUCAGGCAGACUCUCGCCAAAGGAUGGGUUGAUUCCGAGUCUGGGCGUGUUGGAGAAGGCGCCGCCCAUCCUGGAGAGGAUGUGCUGCGCCUCUUCCGCGAGAGUGAUGAGAUGGCGAGCUCGGCCAAUGGGACAAGCUCGUCAAGCAGGCAGUUGCAGGAUCUGCUCAAGGAGCACAGCCUCAUGGAGGGGCCAGUGUACUUCCCACCCACGUACCGUUGGAUGGAAGGACAAGCCGCGUAUGACUUCGAACGGCAACCUGCUUGGUGUGACCGAGUUCUGCACUCCAAAGUGAGCGUUGCACGGAAGAGCUACUGUGCGCUGGGUGGCUUCACCCAGUCAGACCAUCGGCCUGUUUGUGCACUGCUGGAGGCCUUGCUGCUGGCGAUGCCACAAACAGUCGCGAGUCCAAGCGAGAGAACGGCCACGGUGUUGCCAAGCUCGGGCCCGGAACUGCCCGACCUGCUUUCCGACAGCGUGGCUGAGCCGACCUCCAAUACCUCCAUUUCGCCCGAGUCCUCUCCGGCCGUGCGCGAGGCAGACGUCCGCACCCAGCUGCCAAAGGCCGCCGACAAGCCUACCCCACCGCAGGACCUGCUGGAUCUUGACGGUAGCUCUGGGCCCGCAUGCCUACAAGCUUCACCUGGUGGGUCUCCCUAUGGGUGGAGCCCCAAAGUAGGACAGCUGGUGCAUGCAAGAUACCAAGAUGGUUGGUUCUUUGCCAACGUCACCAGAAGCGGAAAUGGCACCGUGGACGUGGCAUGGCUGAGACCACAGGGCUCCGUGUGGGGAGACAAGGCGGAAAUGUCGCACUACUUGUGCUCAACAAGUGCCGAUGAGACGCAGCAUGGCGACAAGCUGCCGGUGAGCACUCACGUCAGGCCGCCAGUGGGUGGAUCCCUUCGCAGCAAGGGCUUGCAUCCGAGCACUUCUCCGAGCUUCGGUCCUGAGGUCGAUUUGCUCGGCUAG